GUGCAACGCCAAUGAAUUUCCGUUGUCGCUUCUCCAGCGGAUGUUUAGAGAGUAUGAUUUAUUUUGAUGGAGGUUAAAUGGAUUGUGCUGCGGAAAUUAAUUUUAAAUAAUUAAUUGCGAAGAUCUCAAGAUGAUUGAGGUGGUGGCAAAACUCCUGCGGGGCCCGGUGUUUCUGACCGGGGAAGUAAUGGAGUGCGUUAUAACUUUCACCAAUCCCAUGACCGCCCGCUCCACCUCGGCCAGCAGUGAGAUGUUGGCAUGGGCAAGUGCUCAGAUACAUUGCCAGUUUCAUACCAGUGAAAGUCGUGUUGCAUUACCUCCCUCUGAAGAUACAAAGCAUGAUGUGCAGGCAGAGAAUGAAACAGUGUUUGUUCCAAACAGAGGUGAGCGAGGGAAAUGUAUUCUAGCUACUCCACCCAAGAUACUCUUCUGUGACUUGCAACUUGAUCCUGGUGAAUCAAAGUCCUAUUCUUACUGUGAACCUGUACCACUUGAUGGUCCACCUUCAUUCCGUGGUCAGUCAGUGAAGUAUGUUUAUAAAUUGACGAUAGGCUGUCAAAGGGUCAAUUCUGCAAUCAAACUCCUGAGAGUUCCUUUUCGUGUUUUUGUUGUUUAUGGGUUGGAAGAUUACCAGUUUCCUCCAGAUGAAGCUGUUGCUCCCACAAAUCCAUUUUUGGAUGAAGAUGAGAACAUUAAAAAAGACACUCGAUUAGUAGACCUGGCAACAGAAAUGCUAAUGACCAGCACAUCUCGCCGUAGUCUGCAUUUGUAUAACAUUACUAAUAUGCGAGGGAAGGUUGGGAAGUUUUGCAUCUUCAAAACCAUCUAUAAAAUUGGCGAAGAUGUAGUGGGCACAUUUGAUUUCUCUGAAGGAGAUAUUCCAUGUUUGCAGUUUUCAGUGUCUUUACAAACUGAAGAACAUGUACAGGAAGAAUACCAGAGAAAACCAGGGCAGCCUGUUUCCCUUAGCACACAUGCUCGACACCAGGAGUCCUGUUUGCAUACUGCUAAGACUCACUUCAGUUUACCUAUUCCACUCAGUGCCACACCCAGCUUUAUCACCACUGUAGUAUCCUUAAAGUGGCGCUUGCAUUUUGAGUUUGUCACAGCUCGCGACCCAGUGGAACCACCUACCGUACUUGAGAACCAAUCAGAAAUAAUCACUUGGACUGGGGCAGGGAAGAUAGAUGUGGAUACAUUCAGCUGGGAUCUGCCCAUUAAAGUGCUUCCAACCAAUCCUGUACUUGCAUCAUAUGUCUCACAGUUUGCAUCUUCUAACUCCAUCACUAUUUGAACCAAGUUAAUUUCACUUCAGUUAUGGAAUGUUCUUUGAAAAAUGUUCAACCACUGAAUUUAAGUUUAAAUUUUAAUAGCAGUAAUGAUACAACAAUAACAAAUGGAAAAAUCAAGAAAUAAUAUUGUCAUUGCUACUAAUAACAUCAAUUUUUGUACUGCUAAUUAGUGGUUACUGGAAGAUAUCACAAAAUGAGACUUCAGAACAUUGUUCAGAAGCGAGCUGUAUUAUUUUAUGGAACUAGUAUUUCAAGAGCAGGAUUUCCAGUGACUAAAAUUUGUUCUAUUAACUACAUUGAAAGAAGUCAGUGGAAAAAAACAAGUGCACUUUCAUAUUUUCUUCUAUUUUUUUAAAAACUGACAAUUUCAAAGAAGUACUUGAAUUGAAAACUGCUUGAUCUGAAGAUUCUUUCUCAAGUAUUUUGUAUGUAGAGAGUGAUUUUAUGGUUUUUGAACUACAACGUGUAAACUCCAAGGGCCAGCAAGAAAAAUCAUUGUUGUGGAUUUUCUGAUUAAUUGUGGAUUUUAAAGUAAUUUGUUUGAAACCCAUGAAGCAAGGAUGCUGGAACUUCACAAUUUAUUUUAAUUGACAGCUGUAUAACUUUCAACUCCUACUCCAGAUUGAUAGCAUGCUGUUCUUGAGAAUUCUACAUUUGAUGUUCAAAGUACACUUAUAUUUACUGAAUUAUAACACACCAGUAAAGAAAUCUUGUUUAUUAAUAUGCCCAUUAACCAGCUAGUAUCCACAAUGCUUCCAUUACAUUUACGUACUAUUGCUUAAAUACUCAGCAUAAGCCAUUGUUGAAUCUGAAGUUGGCACCGUGUGAAAUGUUGGUCACUGACAGUUAAAGCCCUUGCCGCUGCUGACAAGCCUCUUGUUACGAGAUCUUGAUCACUUUUCUUUUAUUUUUUAAAGAAAAUGUCAAAUUAUAUAUUUCUCAGCUUCUUUCACAAAUAAUUUCCAGGAGAAACAAACUGAUAAAUUCUGAGAAACUUGGCACAAAAUAUUUACUUUAAUGUGUUUUGUUUUAUAUGAAUGAAACAAAUUCACUUUUUAAACCUAUGUGCGUUUGGAAUAUAAUGUAGCCUUCAUCUUAAUUAGGAUUAGAAAAUUCCUAUUCAUUUUGGAGUGCAUUGUUAAUUUUAGAUCCUGAUAUCUCCUGAAGGCGAACAAGUUUUUGUUUGAAAUAUAAUGUUUUAAAUCUUGCUGCCUGUAUUUAACCAACUACUUUUAAUAGUUAUCAGAUUUGUAUCUUGACACUUAUUAAGGUCAUUAUUUACUCUUUCUUGUACAUAGCUCUAUAGCUGAAUCAUUCAGGCGUCUGGUCUUAUUUAAAAGUUAUUUACUUUUUGCCCUACCCUGGACCAUGUGCUCUUUAGCAACAUGCAGAAAUAGAAGCUUAGUUAGAAAAUCUCAGCAUGGACAACUUCCUAGACGCUGGGCUUUCCAUGUGGGAUGCAGUCUGUUUAUUUCAUUAAAACUACUGUGGCAACUGAGGCAGUUUACCGCAGAUGAUUAUUUGGAUUGUAUUUUAAAAUGUAAAAAGUGCAUUAAUCAUAAUGGUGCAAGCUAUAAUAUUUGCUAUAUUCCAGAUGUUACCUAAUAAAGAA